AUGAGACAGCCGUGGCUCAAGAUGGGGCUUGUUUGGGGAUGGACGUUGACGUGCGUACUAACGCUCACUGCUCUGCUCGCUGCCAAUAUCCUAUGCUCCGGUCGACCAUUGGAUUUCUUUCGAUGUCUUGCCCCUUGUGCGGCGCGGGAGUACUUUCUUACAUCAGUUGGACCCAUCAAGAGAGUCGACAUCUCCUACGGACCCAACUCUGUCAGCCGUGGCAUUGCCAACAUUACGUUCCGCGAGGCGGAUGGCGCUAGCAAAGCCUUCCAGAAGCUGAAUGGUCUUCUUGUUGACAACCGCCCGAUCAAGAUUGAGAUCGUCGUUGGCGCUUCUCAGGCAGCAAAUGUCAUUCCCCCUGCGAAGAAGACACUUGCUGAGCGCACCACGCAGCCUAAGGCUCAGCCCAAGUCCGCUGCUAACAACAAGCGCAACAACGCGAACGCCGGUAAGGGUGGUCCUGCCGCCGCUGGCACUGGUGGCAAGAAGCCUCGUGCCAAGCGUACCGGCCGUCCUGCGAAGAAGACGGCGGAGGAGCUUGACUCCGAAAUGGCCGACUACUUCGAGUCUGGUGCCAACCCGAAUGAGAACGCUGCUUCCGCCGCUCCGGCUCCGGCCGCCACCAACGGCGACGCUGCUAUGGAGGACGAGAUCAUGUAA